AUGUUUCCCCUGGGGCCAGGUAGCCCCGGAGGGGACCGGAUGGCCGGAGCUGGGACUGAGGAGCCGGCACCCCACGGGGAGCAGGCGGCAGCCGUCGGGCCGCUCCCUUCCCCGCUCGAGCCGCCACAGCCCGGGGCUGACGCAGCCCCUCCCCCGUCGCCCUUCCGGAGCCCUCGACGCCCUGGCAGCCCCUCGCUGUGCCGGGCCGCGCGCACCUGGGAGCUCGUUCAGCCCGGAGCUCUGGAGUCCUCUGCUGCUUCCGCCCAAGGAGAGCCCGCCAGCCCGGGCGGCCCUGGUGCCCGGCUGUUUGGGUGGCUGAGAGAGCGCAGCCUGGGCCGCGGGCUGUUCGUGGACCCGGCGCGGGACAAUUUCCGCACCAUGACCAACCUCUAUGGUUCCAUCCAUCCCGCGGACUCGGUGUACCUCAGCACUCGCACCCACGGGGCCGUCUUCAACCUCGAGUACUCGCCCGACGGGUCAGUGCUGACAGUUGCUUGUGAACAGACUGAAGUUCUGCUUUUUGACCCUAUAUCAUCAAAGCACAUAAAAACACUUUCUGAAGCUCAUGAAGACUGUGUAAAUAAUAUCAGAUUUCUUGAUAACCGGCUGUUUGCUACCUGCUCUGAUGACACUACAAUAGCACUAUGGGAUCUGAGAAAAUUGAACACCAAAGUAUGCACUUUACAUGGUCACACUAGCUGGGUGAAGAACAUCGAAUAUGAUACUAAUACAAGACUCUUAGUAACAUCAGGAUUUGAUGGAAAUGUCAUUAUUUGGGACACCAACAGGUGUACAGAAGAUGGGUGUCCGCAUAAGAAAUUUUUUCACACACGUUUUCUCAUGAGAAUGAGAUUAACACCAGAUUGUUCCAAAAUGUUGAUCUCAACGUCCUCUGGAUAUCUCUUGAUUUUGCACGAUCUUGACUUAACCAAGUCUUUAGAAGUAGGCAGCUAUCCCAUUUUGAGGGCAAGAAGAACUACAUCAAGUUCAGAUCUGACCACUUCAUCGAGUUCAUCUGGCCCUAGAGUUUCUGGUUCACCUUGUCAUCACAGUGAUUCUAAUUCAUCUUCUGAGAAACAUAUGUCACGAGCCUCACAGAGAGAAGGAGUUUCACCUCGAAAUAGUCUUGAAGUUUUAACCCCUAAAGUUCCUGGUGAGAGAGACCGUGGAAAUUGCAUCACAUCCUUACAGCUUCACCCAAAAGGCUGGGCCACUCUCCUCCGGUGCUCAAGCAACACUGACGAUCAGGAGUGGACUUGUGUUUAUGAAUUCCAAGAAGGAGCUCCUGUGCGUCCUGUCUCACCUCGCUGUUCUCUACGACUGACUCAUUACAUUGAAGAAGCCAAUGUAGGCAGGGGUUACAUCAAAGAACUUUGCUUCAGCCCUGAUGGGCGAAUGGUUUCUUCCCCACAUGGCUAUGGGAUUCGCUUGUUGGGAUUUGACAAACAGUGCAGUGAACUUAUUGACUGUUUGCCCAAAGAAGCCAGUCCCCUGCGGGUGAUCCGAUCUCUGUACUCUCAUAAUGAUGUUGUACUGACAACAAAGUUCUCUCCAACACAUUGUCAGAUUGCCUCAGGGUGCCUUAGUGGACGGGUUUCUUUGUAUCAGCCUAAGUUUUAGGCACAACUUACAACAAAUAAGCAGCUCUUCUGGUGUUUGACAUAUAAAUGACUUCAAUUUAGGUGAAGUAUUUUCUUUUUAGAAGAUCUUAAAAGUUUGGGUCAAGAUCCUGAUUCUUAUGGGUCCAUGAACAUACCUGUGACCUGAGGACUUGUUCAUCCAGCAUAAUAGGGGCAUCACCAAGUUAGACUCUAUGCAGCAUCAUGUUUUGCAGCAUUCCUCAGCUCCUGCUGAUCUGUGCCACUGAACCCCAGCUCUUCUGGUUAUUUUGCAUGGUAGCGCUUGUCAAGUUUCUUACUUUUUGUUUUUUGUUUUUGAUUUUGGUGUGAAUUUUGUGGACAUUUGGCAGGAGUUUUGGUUGGGUUAGGAGCAACCUGUCACACUAGAAUAAUGUCCAAAAGUUUGAUGUUGGCAUACUGGUUGAAAAAGAAAUUUCAUCUUCACUUAUCAGUAUACUUGGCCUUUUAAAGUUGCUGUUAUGUUUCUCAGUAAUGGGCACAGAUAAUGGCAUUAUUCUCAUAACUGUUAGUCUUGCAACAAAUGUCUUUUAAGCUUCUUGUUAAAAUUCUACAUAUUUUUUCAUCAUGGGAGGGCUUUGUUGUGAAAUUCUAGGAAAAAACAUCACCUCUCCUUGUAAUUUACUUUACUUGUAUGAAUUUUAAAAUCUCUAGCAUGUGUCCUUACUUGGUAUUUUGUUCCUGUCAACAGCAUUAGAGAGGAAGAGGGGAGAAGGAAUGGACUUUGGUCAUUUCUAUUGUAUAGAAUAGAAUUUAUUUAUUGGAUUAGUACACUAUCUGACCGAAGAGUGAUGAGAACAGUGUGGCUCAGAUAUUCUGUUUUCUCUGCCAGAUUAUUUGAAUCACACAGGAUGACGUUAUAGUAUUGGGGUGAAGGGGGAAUCGAGAAUAAAAAGGUGUGUUUUACUCUUA